CUGCGCUGCAGUUGCUCGCAGGUCGCCGAGCCGUGAGGAUCAGGUGCGCUCCUUGCUAUUCUUUUCCCACUCUUAUCGGAGGGUUUUCCUUGUUUUUGAGUUCGGCGAGAUGACUCGUACCGUUGCGCUGGAAGUGCCGGAGCCGGUGUGUUCGCCAUCAGACCGUGUAGUUCAUUCUGAUGUGCUUAUUUUGCAAGACAAAUACUGCACAAGUGAAAACAUAAAUGGCAAAAUGCAAACUUUAAAGGAUUAUGUUCAGAAAAGUGAUGUCUUUGAAUCUGAAGCAAAGAAAAGAACAAGUGAAAUGACAAAUUUUAUGGAUGACCUGAGUUUGAAUUCUCCAAAAGAGCGACAGUCUCGGUCAAGAUCCAAAACUCAUUCCAGUAAAAGGAAGUCUUCAUCUUCCAGGUCCUCCUCUGAAAGCUCACGCUCAGAUUCUAAUUCUUCAAGAUCAAGAAGCUCAAGCAGAUCACAUUCCCGUGACAGAAAAUGCAGGUAUAAGAGAUAUCGAAAAAAUUCACGUUCUUAUUCCAGAGGACAUUCAAAGCCCUAUUCUAGAAGCCAUUCACGUUCUUAUUCCAGAGGACAUUCGAAGCCCUAUUCUAGAAGCCGUUCACGUUCUUAUUCCAGAGGACAUUCGAGGCCCUCUUCCAGAAGCUGUUCACGUUCUUAUUCCAGAGGACAUUCGAGGCCCUCUUCUAGAAGCUGUUCACGUUCUUAUUCCAGAGGACAUUCGAGGCCCUCUUGUAGAAGCUGUUCACGUUCUUAUUCCAGAGGACUUUCGAGGCCCUAUACUAGAAGCCGCUCAAGGUCCUACAGCCCACGACAGAGAAAAAGAUACUCUAAUGCCUAUAGAAGAUACUAUAGAUCUCCUCCUCGGUAUAAGUCACGUAGCCGAUCACGCUCACGUUAUGGAUCCUAUCUCAGAAGCCGUCAUUCAAGGAGCAGGUCAAGAUCCUGUGGCAGGAGAUGCUAUGGCUUUGUCAGACGACCUUACUCUCCUACAUUCAGGAGCUGGAGGAGCAGAUCAAGAACAAGAUCUAGAAGCAGAACUCCUUUGCGUCUAAGUGAAAAGGAAAAGUUACAGUUACUGGAAAUUGCAAAGAUAAAUGCAUCUAAAGUACUGGGAAAAGAAAUUGAACUACCAGAAAGCCUGAAAAAAGAAUUAAAGAGUUCAAGUGUGAAACGCUCUGAGCAAUAUGAAGAUAACAUCUGCCCUGACAAAUCUUCUAAAAGACAGUCUUCCAGUCACAGUGACACUGAUUCUAAAUUUAAGAGCAUCACUGGAAGUACUAGCAAAGAACAAGCUGAAGUGAAACAAAAAAGCACUUAUGACCUGUGGCGUCCAAUAACAAGUCCUAAAGCGUUCUCUAGUGAAUUGUCCCCAAAACAUUCAUACACAAGCAGAGCUCGUUGAAUUUUGACUGUCCUAGUUUCUAAAAGACAAAUUAAGGGCAGGUUUAUGCUCUGGCUUACUAUAAGAGAAGUGUUCAGGGAUUGUAACACAGGGCAUUAUAUUGAAAGAAAAAAAAAAACAUGCAAAUGAGUUGUAAACUAAAAAAAUAUUGAAUACUAGGUCUCUCUCUUUCCAGAUGUGGCCUAAAACGUGAUGGAACACCAGAUUGCAGGUGGGAAUGUUAAUUUUGUAAAUAUUGUAUAGAGUCGUAUAAUUUUUCUCCUGUAGGGGUUGUCUUUGUUUUUGCCCCAAAAUAUCUACUCAAGAUGAUGUAGCAGUCGGUUUCAUAUAUAUAUAU